AUGUUCGAGAAAAAAUUUAUGGAAAACACUUUGCGAAAGGGUUACGAAAGGAAAGAGAAUGAGAAAGUAUAUCAAAUUUUAAAGAGAGAGGCCACUCAACUAUCAAGGCUUCGACAUCCAUCACUUCUAGAGGUGGUCGAGGCAGUGGAAGAGUCUAGAACUGUCAUUACAUUUGCUACAGAGCCAAUAUUAGCAUCCCUCUCCAAUUUACUUGGCAAUUGCGACAAUCUGUCUCCAGUUCCCGAUGAUAUCAAGAAUUUCGAGAUGGAUGAAUUAGAGGUUGGUUACAAGGGAACCCCGAAGGAAAGAUAUAUCCCGGAGGCGAUAUUUGUGAAUAUUAAGGGAGACUGGAAAAUUGGAGGUUUUGGGUUCAGCAACUUUAUCAAUCCGGAUGCUCCUGUUCCAUACGAAUAUCCCGAUUACGAUGCUCGGAUACCUUGUUAUGCACAGAAAAACUAUGAUUAUAUGGCACCAGAAUAUGUUCUGGACGAGACUUUAGAGGUCGCAAACGACAUGUUUGCCCUCGGAUGCCUCAUUUACACAAGGAUGACUGCCACAGAAUUUCAGACAAGCAAAUAUUUUGAUAACAUCUUGGUCUCAACUGUCAAAUUCUUUGAGAGUUUUCCAGAAAAGUCAAAGGACGACAAGGCUAAUUUUAUGAAAGGUUUGAUCCGGAUUCUGCCUCAAUUUCCAGAAAGAGUUUUACUGCGCAAGGAGAUUAAGGAUCAUAGCCUAUUACCAUAUACCCUUCCAAAUAUAUUUUUUAUCGCACAAAAGUUGUCACCACUUGAUUUUACCGAAAAGGUUCUCAUUCCUUUAAAGCCGGUCUUCGCGAUUCCCGAGCCCAUGCAAAACAUGAUUGCGUGCCUAGAUAAAAUUGAGUUAUUUAAGCAGAAAACUUCUUUAUCGUCAUUCAAAGAAGAUGUGAUGCCCUUGAUUUACAAUGCCCUGGAAACCAAGUCACCUGCCAUACAGGAUAAAGUUCUCAGAGUCAUCCCCACGAUAAUAGACAACUUGGACCUACUCACGAUCAAAUCCUCCUUGUUCCCAAGGAUACAAAAUUUAUUUGUUCAUACGACAAUUUUGUCCGUCAAGGUUACCACCUUGGUUUGCCUUCACUCUUUGGUCAAGUCUUUGGAUAAUGUUUUCAUGCAGAUAACUGCGCUUUCUGUAUACGACGAGAUGGGUAAGAAUGUCGAAAAAGAUGUUAUAGCAACCGAGAUUUUGCCUCAAUUAUGGAAAAUGUCGGUAGUACCAACUUUGAAUAUGGAUCAGUUUCAAAAAUUUAUGCAAGCUAUCAAACAAAUGUCCAUGAAAGUCGAAGAAGAACAUUCUAAACAGCUUAGGGAUAUCAAAACCAUUGAUGAAAAUGUUACGAAACAUCUGGAGGGAGGAAAUGAGAAAAACGGGGACGGCCCUGGUUCCCAAGUUGAUUUUGAAAAACUUGUUGGCGUCUCCAAGGGGAGUAUGAAUAAUACUGGUUAUCAUGCGAAUGGAAAAAAGGAUUCCGUGGAAGUUGAUGAUCUGUUUGAUGCCCCUCACGAAAAUUCCUUCACAAAUUCUCGAGGAGCCACUCCGCCAAUGACGCCUCAACGGAAUUCAUUGAGCCUGUCGCUAAACUCCUUUUCUAAUAAUAAAAGUAACUCACCGGUUCAACCUUUCAGUAACAUUACCUCAUCACCGCAACCGGCAAUCAGCGAUGGACAGUUAUUCAACCGAAGUUCGACGAUCCUCAAUUCGCAACCCAAAAACAGUAUUCCAUCACUUCCGCCACCCAAGAACAUGAAUCAAUUUACAGGAUCACAAGUAACCGCCAGAUCCUCUACAAUUCCCCAGGAUCUGUUCAAUUCGAUACCAUCUCCGACUGCAUCUAACAGACCUCAUUCAUUUGCACAAAGCGGUACUUUUGGGUUAACGAAUAGCAUGUCGACAACUUCGCAGUCGUCGAUUCCCAUGGGAGCAUUUAAUAAUUUACACACUUCCGUCCAAACUCUUAAUUAUAUGCCACCUCAACCGAAAAUGACGAAUUUUAACAAUCACGUAAAUCCAAUGACAACCAUGAAUUUCAACAGCGCAAGUCAACAACCACAAAUUACACCAAGCCUAAAUCACAGCAGUAUAUUGCAACCAAAUACGAGGUCCAAUAUGCCUAUAAACAAUAAUUCUGGAAGUCAUAAAAAACCCCAAGCCGAUCUAACAAUGUUUGAUCCAUAUUCAUGA